AUGAAGACAGCACUUAAAGUUUUGCUGGGUCUGGUGGCAGUUGCUGUCAUCGUUGUUCUGAUCGCAGUUCCUGUAGUGGUGUUAAAAAAUCGUGAAACUGUCUCAGGCCGAACAUACACUCUGGAAGAUUACUUUAACGAUUCCAUCACUUACAAAGGCUACAGACUAAGGUGGAUCUCAGACACUGAAUAUCUACUGAAAAACAAAGAUGGAAAUGUCAUGCUUUACGAUGUGGAAAAAAGUACUCCAGAGGAGUUUUUGUCCAGUAAUGUGUUUACAGAUGUAAAUGCUUCCGAUUACAUUGUAUCUGCUGACCGAAAGUUUGCUUGUUUGCAAAGAGAUUACCAAAAGGUAUGGAGGCACUCAUAUACAGCUUCAUAUUCACUUUAUGACCUGGAGACAAAGAAAUAUCUAACUGACAAUUUGCCAAAAGAAAUACAAUAUAUUGAAUUUUCUCCAACAGGACACAAACUGGCAUUUAUUUGGAAAAACAAUGUUUACUUAAAACUGGAACCUUAUCAAGAUUACCUUCAGGUGACAACAAAUGGAAAGAAAAAUGAAAUUUAUAAUGGAAUUCCUGACUGGGUUUAUGAGGAAGAAGUAUUUUCAUCAACAUAUGGAAUAUGGUGGUCACCAGGUGGGCAGUUUUUGGCCUAUGUCUUUUUAAAUGACACUGCAGUUGAGCGCAUUGAAUAUUCAUAUUAUGGGAAUGACCAAUACCCGAAAACAGUUGUCAUUCCAUAUCCAAAGGCUAAUUCAACUAUCCCUAUAGUGAAAUUGUUUGUUGUGGAAACUACCUCUAAUGUGACUUCAGAAGUAACUGUACCAGAUAUCAUCGGCGCCAGUGACCAUUAUAUGUACACAGUAACCUGGGUGACAGAUGAACGCAUUGCAGUACAGUGGACGAACAGAAGUCAGAACUAUGGGAUUAUCCAAAUAUGUGAUUAUGUUGCAAGUGACUGGAACUGCUCACAGACAAGGCAGUUUGUUGAAGAAGUUCAAAGUGGUUGGCUAGGACAGUAUUCACCAUUUCCACCUCAUUUCACUGGAGAUAAUGAAAGCUUCUACAAGAUACUUUCCGACAGGAAUGGCUAUAAACAUAUACAUUAUCUGACUUCUGGAAAGGAACCACAACUGAUUACGUCUGGAGAAUGGGAAGUCAUUUACAUUGUGAAAGUAACAAAGGAUGCACUUUAUUAUGUUAGUAACCAGGAUGGAGGUACUCCUGGAGGGAGAAAUCUUUACAAAAUUACAAUUGGUAGUUCUCAUUCCGAUCCACAAUGUAUGACAUGUAACACAAGACGAGAAAGAUGUAAAUAUAACUCUGCAUACUUCAGCAAAAAUGCAACAUAUUACCGAAUGGAUUGUUCUGGACCUGGAAUUCCUAUUUAUACUCUUAAUGACAACACUGGAAAAGAACUUCGCAUCCUUGAGGAGAACAAGGAAUUGGAAGAAAUCCUAAAGGACAUUCAAAUGCCAACAGUCAAACAGGGAAACAUUCAAGUGGCAGGAUUCAAACUGUGGUAUCAAAUGACACUGCCACCCAGCUUUGACAAGUCCAAAAAAUAUCCAUUACUAAUUGAUGUGUAUGCCGGACCAUGCAGUCAGAAAGUAGAUUACCGAUUCCGGCUCAACUGGGCAAGCUACCUUGCAAGUACGGAAAAAAUUAUUGUAGCAAGUUUUGAUGGAAGAGGUAGUGGUUACCAGGGUGACAGAAUCAUGCAUGCUCUGUACAGACGACUAGGAACGUACGAAGUGGAGGAUCAAAUAACAGCUGCACGAAAAUUUAUUGAUAUGGGCUUUAUUGAUAAGAAAAGGGUCGCCAUUUGGGGCUGGUCCUAUGGUGGAUAUGUUACUUCUAUGGUUCUUGGGUCUGGCAGUGGUGUGUUCAAGUGUGGUAUAGCUGUAGCACCGGUAUCAAAGUGGGAAUAUUAUGAUGCAGUCUAUACUGAACGUUAUAUGGGAAGGCCUAUUAAAUCAGAUAAUCUUGCAUACUACCAGAAUUCAACAGUAACAGAGAGAGCAGCAAACUUCAAAUCUGUUAACUACCUCCUGAUCCAUGGAACAGCAGAUGAUAAUGUUCACUUCCAGCAAGCUGCACAGAUUUCAAAAGCACUCGUGGAUGAAAAUGUUGAUUUUGAAACAAUGUGGUACACAGACAAGGAUCAUGGCCUGGAUGGUUCCGCACAUAGACAUGUCUACAUUCAUAUGAGCCAUUUCCUAAAGCAAUGUUUUUCAUUAUCAUAGCAAGACCAAACCAAAGCAUUUCAGCUGCUUACUU